UCUAAGCUCAAUGCUGAGCAGUACCAGAUCUACACCGAGAUCAUGGACGCGGUCACGCAUCAGCGCCCACUUUGUGCCUUCGUCGAUGGCAAGGCUGGUCGGGGAAAGACGUUCCUGGUCAACACUAUCUGCAACAAGCUGCGGGCUGCCGGUCAUAUAGUCCUACCGACCGCAACAUCUGCUUUCGCCGCGCAACUAUACCCUGGGGGCAAGACUACGCAUUCCGUAUUCAAGGUA